CCCUUUCCCCUCCAUUUUAAGCCUACUCUCUCUCUUCUGUAAUUCACAUUUGAUAUCAAAAAAACAAGCAAUUUCAGAUCUACAUCUCAAAUUAUUACCUGAUCAUGCAGAAAUUCAAACUUCUAGCGACUCAAUGUUCUAUAAUGAACAGUCCGACUCGAAGCCCAGCAUCUAGCCCAGUAAUUCAUCUCCGUCGCCGUAAAACGUUGCGUACGUUGCUCAGUCGUGGAAGUAGUUCCCGGAGACUUAAGGAAUUGCCGGAUCCUCCGAAGAAAUUGACGAAUGUAAGCCAUAAAUUGAAGGACUUGUUUGUUUCCACCUCAUAUGAUGAUGCGAUUCCAGAUCAGAAGAAUAGUAGAUCAGUUGUUAAUUCAGGAGGAGGAGGUCCGGUGCCGUCAGCUGGCGGUGGUAAUAACGGAGUGACGGCGGCGUUUGCGCAUACGCCGCCGAGGCCGUUAUCGGCGACUUUCCGGCAACGACUUAUGAGGAGACCGUUUAGACCUGUACUUGUUGCAAUUCCAGAAUAGAUAACCAUUGAAAAUCAUGUAUGUACGGAGAGUUAGUUAUGAAAAUGUUUUGUUUU